UUGUAAUGUUAAACAUGUUUCAGUCUUUCACCUGUUAUAUACAUAUUUAAGCUGAUACUUGUAAUUUUAUACAUGUUUCAGUCAUGUCUUCAUAUUUCCAGCAUUCUUGAUCUUCUGCUCAACUCUCUGGAGCACCGUCACCAACAUUAACAUAAUCUUUCUUCUGUUAUCUCAUGGCUACAGUAACUAUGGAAAAUAAUGGCUUCAGAUUCAUGAAAGCUUUAAGUGAGUGCGGUAGACGAGUGUUACAUAACACUUUCUGCUGGGGAACCCCAGAUAAACCUGCUGCUACAACACUUGAUCAUUACCUCAACACCUUGAAACAAACAUCAUCAGCCAAUUACUUAAAACUCUCAAGGAAUCAAAGAAGGUUUAACAAAACACAAAAGAAACUGAUUAAUGAAAGUGCAGAUGGAGCCGGGUUUGAUGUUCCACUAUUGUGUCUAAGCAUUAAGUUAGCGUGUGAGAAUGUUGCUUCUUUCAAUGAUCCAAAGUGGAUCACUCCCAGUACGGAAAUGGAGUAUUAUAUCACUGCUGUAAAGAACUUAAGGAACGAUGCUCUUCACGGUCCACUUGCAGUUCAUGAUGAAGAUUAUUUUGAAAAUAUAAGACAGCUUCGGGAGGUGUUAACUGGUUGUCUUAAGACAUCUGGAGAGAGGUAUGGGAAGGACGAGACUGAAGUAAAUGAGAAGAUCAAGAAGAUGAAUGAUGACCUGGACUACAUCAUGAAUGAGAUUCUCGGAGAGGAAGACAUAAUAAAAUAUUGUAGUGAUGAUAUCAAACAGAUUAUCAUUAAUGACAGCUGUAAUAAUCUGAAGAAGAUCUUACAAGAAAUCACUUAUGUUAACCCAGUGUCUUUUAUCACCAGUGACUUUCAACUGAAAGUAGACAAAAUUUUUGUCGAUAUUAAAGUUAAACAAAGAAAAUACAGAGGUAAAACUAAGCAUGUAGAUUAUGGAGACCUUCUCACACUUGUCCAGACAACAUGUGUGGCAUCAGGUGUGAGCUCUGGCACACAACAACAAGGUUCCUCUGCACGACCUCAAAUACUGCUGCUGGAAGGUGUGGCAGGCAGUGGCAAGACCACUCUAGUGAAGCUAGUAACUGAGGAAUGGAUACAAGGUGGUCAAGGUAAUAUGAAAAGUUUAGAUAAUUAUGAUCUCUUACUGUGGGUACAGUGCAGGGACCCAGCCAUUAACAGCUUCCAGGAUCUUCUAGACCGACUCAUACCAGAUGUUUCAGCAAAAUUCAGAAAUAUUCUGCCUAGAAUUAUUAAGCUUUGUAAGGUAAUAAUACUCGUUGACGGUCUGGAUGAACUCAAUAACAACUCUAGAACAUUAGUCAAAAGUCUUUUACUGGAAUUCCAAAACUCGAUUACCACAACAUUUAUGUGUACCUCAAGACCUGAAGCAGUAGAAAUGUUCAGCAUGACGAUCCCUGAAGAUUAUGAUGUGACUAAUGCUGAACUACGAGGCAUAAAGGAAGAACACAUAGAAGAAUUUAUGCGUCGGACUCACCAGGAGAUAACUAAGUUGACCAACAGCAACAGAAGCACUGAUAAACUGGUAAAUAAGGUGAUGGAAGUUGAAGAUCUUCACGAACACUUGCGUUUACCAAUGAAUUUAACAUUUUUUGUUUAUAUCUGGGACCAAGAACCUGAUGAGCUGAACAUAGCAACCAUAACACAUACAGAACUCUACCAUAAAAUGCAUCAUAUGUGUCAAAGUAAGUUAUUAGAGAGAUUAGCGGACAGUUCAAUUACAAAGGCGACGAAUAAAAGUGUCCUCCAAAACAGUGUUGAAGAAAUAUUGAAGAUAAUAUACGCGACAUCACUAAAGAGUCUCUCACGUGACCAGUUGAGUCUUGAUGAAGAGAGUGUAGAAGAAGUAAUAUCUGCUUGUAACAAAUAUCAUAUACCUUAUAAUGAGAUGCUGUCUGCUUUCUUGAGUUUGAAGCCAAUAUGGACUUGGCAAGGCAUCGAGGAACGCUACUUUGCACCACACAAGGGAAUCCAAGACUACUUCAGUGCUCUGCAUAUUGUGAUGACACUCAGACACCAGCUACACUCUUCAGCACUCCCAGUCUUGUACACCCAGCACCCAACACCACCUGCGUCUACCCAACCACCUGUGACAGCUGUAUCACCAUCUCCUACACCAUCUGUCUCUAACCAACCACCUGUGACAACUGUAUCACCAUCACCUACACCACCUGUGUCUACCCAGCCACCUGUGACAACUACAUCACCUUCACCUACAAUACCUGUGUCUACCCAACCACCUGUGACAACUGCAUCACCAUCACCUACACCACCUGUGUCUACCCAACCACCUGUGACAACUGUAUCUCCAUCACCUACAAUACCUGUGUCUACUCAAAAACCUGUGACAACUGUAUCACCAUCACCUACACUAUCUGCAUCUACUCAACCACCUGUGACAACUGCAUCACCAUCACCUACACCACCUGUGUCUACUCACCCACCUGUGACAGCUGUAUCACCAUCACCUACACUACCUGUGUCUACUCAACCACCUGUGACAACUGCAUCACCAUCACCUACACCACCUGUGUCUACCCAACCACCUGUGACAACUGUAUCACCAUCACCUACAAUACCUGUGUCUACUCAACCACCUGUGACAGCUGUAUCACCAUCACCUACACUACCUGUGUCUACUCAACCACCUGUGACAACUGUAUCACCAUCACCUACACUACCUGUGUCUACCCAACCACCUGUGACAACUGUAUCACCAUCAUCUACAAUACCUGUGUCUACCCAACCACCUGUGACAACUGUAUCACCAUCACCUACACUACCUGUGUCUACCCAACCACCUGUGACAACUGUAUCACCAUCAUCUACAAUACCUGUGUCUACCCAACCACCUGUGACAACUGUAUCACCAUCACCUACACUACCUGUGUCUACCCAACCACCUGUGACAACUGUAUCACCAUCACUUGCUCAACCUUCAUCUACGCCAACCUCACCUACACCAGCACCAUUACCAUUACUUUCACUAACCUCACCUACAACUCUUAUAUCACCAUCACCUAAACCAGUAUCAUCUACACCUACACCACCAACAGUAUCAUCUACACCUACACCACCAACAGUGUCAUCUACACCUACACCACCAACAGUAUCAUCUACACCUACACCACCAACAGUGUCAUCUACACCUACACCACCAACAGUGUCAUCUACACCUACACCACCAACAGUGUCAUCUACACCUACACCACCAACAGUGUCAUCUACACCUACACCACCAACAGUGUCAUCUACACCUACACCACCACCAGUGUCAUCUACACCUGCACCACCACCAGUGUCAUCUACACCUACACCACCACCAGUGUCAUCUACACCUGUGCCACCACCAGUGUCAUCUACACCUACACCACCAACAGUGUCAUCUACACCUACACCACCAACAGUGUCAUCUACACCUACACCACCAACAGUGUCAUCUACACCUACACCACCAACAGUGUCAUCUACACCUACACCACCACCAGUGUCAUCUACACCUACACCACCACCAGUGUCAUCUACACCUACACCACCACCAGUGUCAUCUACACCUGCACCACCACCAGUGUCAUCUACACCUACACCACCACCAGUGUCAUCUACACCUGCACCACCACCAGUGUCAUCUACACCUACACCACCAACAGUGUCAUCUACACCUGUACCACCACCAGUGUCAUCUACACCUGUGCCACCACCAGUGUCGUCUACACCUGUGCCACCAUCAGUUCUAUCUACACCUACACCACCACCACCAGUGUCAUUUACACCAGCAUCACCACCAGUGUCAUCUACACCUGUACCACCACCAGUGCCAUCUACACCAGCAUCACCACCAGUGUCAUCUACACCUGUACCACCACCAGUGUCGUCUACACCUGUGCCACCAUCAGUUCUAUCUACACCUACACCACCACCACCAGUGUCAUUUACACCAGCAUCACCACCAGUGUCAUCUACACCUGUACCACCACCAGUGCCAUCUACACCAGCAUCACCACCAGUGUCAUCUACACCUGUACCACCACCAGUGUCGUCUACACCUGUGCCACCACCAGUUCCAUCUACACCUACACCACCACCACCAGUGUCAUUUACACCAGCAUCACCACCAGUGUCAUCUACACCUGUACCACCACCAGUGCCAUCUACACCAGCAUCACCACCAGUGUCAUCUACACCUGUACCACCACCAGUGUCGUCUACACCUGUGCCACCAUCAGUUCUAUCUACACCUACACCACCACCACCAGUGUCAUUUACACCAGCAUCACCACCAGUGUCAUCUACACCUGUACCACCACCAGUGCCAUCUACACCAGCAUCACCACCAGUGUCAUCUACACCUGUACCACCACCAGUGUCGUCUACACCUGUGCCACCAUCAGUUCUAUCUACACCUACACCACCACCACCAGUGUCAUUUACACCAGCAUCACCACCAGUGUCAUCUACACCAGCAUUACCACCAGUCCAAUCUACACCUGCACCACCACCAGUGUCAUCUACACCAGCAUCACCACCAGUGCCACCUACACCAGCAUCACCACCAGUGCCAUCUACACCAGUAUCACCACCAGUGCCAUCUACACCAGCAUCACCACCAGUGCCAUCUACACCAGCAUCACCGCCAGUGCCAUCUACACCAGCAUCGUCUACUCCAGCGCCACCUUCACCAAUUUCACCUGCACUAGCCUCACCUCCUCUCGACUCACCUGCACUAGCACGUCCUCCACCAACCACACCUACACCUGCCUCACCUGUCAGUAUCAGGAAAGUGUUAGAACACAACAUCAGAGUAACCAAGACAGACAUGAAUAAGUACCAGAAUGUUCUGAUACAUGUGGCUGGGCUGCUGCACUUGUUACUGGACCAGUUACCUGAGGAAAUUGAGAGGGAAGUGGUUCAUCUCCUGCACGAGUCUGGUAUGGAAGGCAACAAUCACUGGCUCUACCUUCUUCAGAACACUAAGAUAUCUCCAGUAACGGUCAAAGAAAUAACUCACUUCUUUAGUACAGAUAAAACAAUUGUCGUAAGUGAUUAUAAUCGUGUGAGGAGCUACGUGGCUCUCCUACCAUACCUCAGGUCGUGCGAAGUGCGCAUUCAUAUCGAUGAUGACCCUGGUGACCUGCCUGACCUACCUGACCUGCUGCUUGCUCUCACCCACCACCUCUGUAAAUACCUAACACUGCGUCGCCACUACUUCCAUGCUGACAAAACCACCACUUCUGACAGCCUCUUACAACUUGUGCAGCCUCGGAGUCACCUGCUCGAGUUCGAGGGUUGUCUGUCUGCUGGAGUACUGCUGGAGGAGUGUCCCAGCCUGAGGCGACUCAACCUGGCUGUAGUGAGUGAUGAUCACGCUCGUUGUUUCCUGCCACAACUACACGCUGCUGUCACCUUCAAGCUACGUCAACUAAAGAACCUAGGAGUGAGUGUACCAGCAGAAGUGUCCCCAGCAGCGUUGAUGUCACUACCCAGCACACAGUGGGUGACGCUCAAGCUGACUGAUGUGAGUGAUGCUUUAGUGAGUCAUGCCUGUAAUGUGGCCCAGGAGCUACAACCACCAGAAGGGUACUGGGUGAUCUGGUGCUACCCCAGCGCAGUAACAGUGGUGGGCAUCCAAGACAUGAUCUACGGCCUGCAUCACCACAGUGUUAUGGUGAAGGACAGGUUAAUAGUAUACACCAGCGUCACCAUAACACAACCCCAGCGUCACCAGCUGAUCACUUUGACUAAGACAACCCUCAACUGUGACUUUACCAUCUGCUCCUUUCUUCAGGGUGCUUCCACUGCUGCUUCUCUCAUAUUAGCGGUGGCUGCUACUGCCUUUACAGUAGCUUCUGCUGCUACUUCUGUCUUCAGAGAGCUGCUCCUGAUAGCUGCUGCUGCCUUCGAUACAGCUGCUACUGAGUUCGUGAUAGUGGCUGCUGCAUACUUGGUAGCUGCUGUUGUCAUUAUUGCCACUGCUGCUGCCUUCAUUUUAGCUGCUUUUACUUUAAUGGCAGUUGCUGCUGCUGCCUUCAUGGAAAAUCUUGAGUCUACCGACUUUCUUGAUAGCAUCUAUGAUUACUUUUUAAAGCAGCUGUUUUUAGAGAAUCAACUUGAGGAAACAACUUUAUUGACUUGGUUCUUACCAAUAAGGAAUCAUAAUGAACUUGGAGAAAGCGAUCACAAAUCAGUUUCAAUAUUUCGUGGAAUUACCUUAAUAAAAACACCUAAGCCAAUGUCCACGACUUCCGCUUGA